AUGGCUUUUUCAAUUAGAAAACACAAAAAAACACAAAUCAAUGAUCUGCCGAGGAGUGUACUAAAGUUCAUCUUCAACAAUUGUAGAUGUCAGCCAGUUACACGCGGCCGAGCGAGAUCAGUUUGUCAUUUGUGGCGAGAAAUGUUAGAUGAAGUUGACAAGGAUCGGGAAAGCAGUAAUGGUAGUGGGCACGCCAGACUGAUGAUUUGUGAUAGGAGGAGAGCUAUUUUGGAGAAAAUAACAGCUCCUCCAUGUUGCUCCUACGUAAUUUCCGAAAUUGUUGGAGUCAGGAGUGCUGUUUAUUAUGAAGAUACAUUUGCUCCUUCCACCAUGACGGAACAUGCUUUUAAAUUUGAUUUUGACUAUUGGACUCCAUACUUUGAUAUAACAGAAGUGUGGCUAACAAAUUUUGGUUCAUUUUUGGAAAGGGAUCAAACGCCCCAUGUUAACUCACCUUUAUUCGCUUCCGGAGGAGCUUCAGCAAAAGGGGGAUUUCACAAAACUGGAUCUUAUGGAGCGACUCCUCCCAUUGAUACAACUGGCGCACGGUACACACGUACGCAAUUACACCGGAGCGAAGGCUCGACGAUUAAUCCAACGGUCAAUACAACUACUGUUAAAGCAUACAAUUUGUUACCUUCAAGUCAGAAGCCAAGCCUUGAAUCAUUGGUCGGCGUGGCGGAAUUAACAGCAGAUAUGUGUAAGGAGUUGGAAGGGAUUUCGGCAGGGCGAUUCGAAAGACUUGCGGAAGUUUUCAAAGAUAUUCAGCCACUGAAUAUUAUCUUUAAUGACCAGUCGUUCUAUCAGAAAAGACCUACUUUGCUUCUGUUUUGGUUUCUGCAAAUGUUGCCUAAUGUUCGAAAGCUGACAUUUGAUAACAUACAGGGAGUUCAGAGUGUAGAACUUCAUAAGGUUAUAUCGGUAAAAGGGAUUGAUGAACUAACAAUUAAACAGCCGAAGGAAAAAGCCUGUAUCUUAGUUGACGAUGCGCUUUUGCUUUCUUUUUUGGAAGUUGAGCGUAAAGAUAGAAGGAAAUUUCGCUUGCGUUUUGAGGGGAAAGAUGCAACUACAAUUGGUGGCUUGUUGAAGUUUAUAAAAAAGUGGCAGUCUAAAAGCGAUAUAAUUCCAUUUUACACGAUACUAGUUGAUGCACUAGCAGUGAAUCCAGCAGAUUUUGUUCGUGCAGCUAUUGAGCCAGAAGACUAUAAUAACAAUCAAGUCAACAACAAGAAACAAGAAGCUAUUCUUUGCAAGCGACAGCUCAUGUUCCGCCACCGGCGAUCGAAAAACCAUUCUAUCAAGUACAAAUACGAAGAUGGCUAUUUAAUGUUCUACUACUGCGAUGCUAAGAAUCCUCCGAAAUUGCCGGAAAAGUGUAAAGCUGAAGUGUCAAAAAUUGUAACUUUUACCUCAGUUUCGAACAAAACCCUAACAGAGGGGGAAGAAGAGGAGCGUUUGCGUCAAGAAAAGGAGCACAAAAGCAACGGUGGAGGAGGUUAUGCUUCUAGUUUGAGACGGUUUCUAGGCAGCUUUGGAAGUUUUACAACCGUGCGAACGACGGCAUGAGU